AUGGGAACCAGAGAAAUACUUACUUUGCAGUUUGGGCACUAUGCUAACUUUGUAGGCACCCAUUGGUGGAAUCUACAAGAAAGGGCUUUUGAAUAUAGUGAAACAACUCUAUCAGAAAUAAAUCAUGAUGUCCUUUACAGAGAAGGCCUAACAUCUAGAUCUGAAGUAACUUUUACCCCACGUUUACUGCUUGUUGAUCUGAAAGGCAGUUUGAAAUCACUUCCAGAAAAAGGCGACCUAUAUGAUCCACUGCCCCAGCCCUCCAAAGUUGAAGUUGAAUGGGAUGAAUCUGUAGACAUCAAAGCCAGUACCAGUGAACAAAAAAAUGAGUUCCAGACAGAUCUAGAAGACCCAGAAGAAUCGAAGAGAGUCCUUAGCAAAAAUUACAAGUUAGAAGAGGAAGUAAAUGUAUGGUCAGACUUUUUGUAUGCAAAGUUCCAUCCCAGAACAGUGAAUGUCUUGAGAGAGUAUCAGCAUUGUAAUGAAAAUACUCCAUUUGAUGCUUAUCCUUUAGGUGUUUCCUUGUGGAAAACUCAGCAGUUUGAGGAAGAUUUUAGUGACAAGAUCAGAAACUAUAUAGAGGAAUGUGAUCAUUUUCAAGGCUUCCAAAUUCUCACAGAUUGCACCAACGCCUUCGCAGGCCUAACUUCCGCCUGUCUCGAGCACCUGCGCGACGAGUACGACAGAAAAUCCGUUCUAGUCUUCCCGGUGGUUCCCCCGCACUUUGCCGACCACGAUGCCGUAUCCGACGAGGAGAAACACCAGGCCGUCACGAAUGACAGCGCGAGAGUCGUCAACACCGCUCUGAGCUUCAACGAGUUCGCAUCGUAUUCGUCACUGUUCGUGCCGUUGGGCGUUGGUAGCAAAGGGUGGAGACGAAGUGGGCCGAAGAGGGAGUUUGCGCACGUGGAAUAUGACCCCAAAAUCCCUUACCAUUCGAGCGCCAUAUUGGCAUCGGCCUUGGAAACAGUGUCGAUGAAGUACCGACUGAGGUCGACGGACUUCACGCUGUCGGACCUCGGCGCAGAUCUGAGCCAGAACGGCAGGAAAGCGGCUGCAGCCAGCCUCUGCCUGCCCUUUCCCAUCGAGGGUGAUCUGUUGGAUUGUCUGGACAAGUGGGAGGGGCCUCUAUAUCGAAGCAUCACUCCAGGUUGUGAUAUUGGUACGUACAGGAUGAUGCAGCACGUGACCUUGAGAGGCAUCCCCGAAGAUAGACUGAAGAAACCAGAAACCAAGGCGGGCAAGCAGAGAGAACUGCCUGCUUACAGGUGCCGCACCAUCGAAGAAAUGAUGGCGAUGUACCUGUCAUAUAGUACACAGGCGACCGCCAGCAACGUCACAGUCGUUCACAAGGGUUUGGACGUAAGAAGCACUUUCCCGAGGGUUUUCCGAGGUGAGGUAGGAAAGGAUGGGGUCGUGUCUGCGUUCCCGCGGGACGAGAAGACGGAUAUGACUGACGUGGAGACAAGAACCCCUCAAAAAACUCCCAAGAAGAGGAAGAGUGUUGAAGGAAAACAAGAAUCCCCCAAAAAACCAAAAUUAGAGAAUGGCAAGACACCCCAAAAGUUUCAAACUCCCAAACAGCAGAAGAACCAGAACAAAAAGGCCCAGAAUAGUGUGCAAAAAUCGAAUAAGAAAGUAAAACAGAAUAGUGAAUCUGAAACAGACCAGAAAGUGAAACCUUUCCCUGGCACAGCCCAGAUUCAAUCACCCAAACCAGGAAAACCUGCUAAAGCUGGUAAACAAAAUUCAGCCAAGAAAGAUGGUGAAAGAAAGCCCAGUAUUGAGAGGAAACCUAGAAGGAAAUUGAUGUCAAUGAUCAAGGACAAACUGACGUCAGAUGACACUGUGGCCAAAAGUGAAGUCAUCAAAAACUUGGAAACCAAACUCCAAGCAAUACAGAGCCGCCCCAACCUAACCAAGACAGCUAGGCGCAAAAUCAAGAUGCUGAGGAGAUUGAAGAACAUUGCUGAGGGUAAGGCUCCAGACCAUGGGACAAUUUCACAAAAGCCAAAAUCAGAAUUGACAGAGUCUGCAAAACGACGUGAUAGAAAGAGGAGAGCAGCUCUGAAGUCUGAGGGAAAGGGUGGAGAAAAUGUUGCAGCACCUAUUGGCAAAAAAGGACAACAGGCUAAAGGAAAGAAUGCCAAAACAACUGUUAAGCAAGAGGUGAAAAUAGUGAAAACAGAAGAAGCAUCAGAGGAAGAGGAUUCUGAUGAUGAAGAAGAAUCUGCAUCAGGGGAAGAACAAGCAGUAGAAGGUGAAGACUCUGGCGAUGAAGAAGAGAGUGGAGAAGAAGAAGAAGGUUCUGGUGAGGAAGAAGAAGACUCUGAUGAAGAAGAAGGCUCUGAUGAUGAUGAAGAAGCUUCAGAUGAUGAUGAAGAAGAAACAACUCCACAGCCUCCUGUGAAGGUAAGCAACAAGAAACAAAAAGGGAGGAAGUAA